CGCAACACCGCUCAAAUCUUCUUCCUAUCCUACCUUGCUUGCAUGAGGGCAGGGGGCAGUCAGAAUGUUGAGAUUCAUGCUAUAGAUUCAACUGUGUUCUUCCUCUCCCGUUCAGUCCUUUGUUCUUUAGCGGAAUCAUCAUGCCUCCACGGCAUUUCUCGAGAUACCUAUUUGUCGGCGCAGUCUUCCUUAUCGGCAUUGUAAUAUUCACCAUCUCUUCAAAACCUUCGACCGGUGCCCUCAACGAUCCAGCGACUUACAAAGAAGCACUCCGUGAGUCGAUAUCAACCUUCAAUGUUCCCUUCCGGUUCACCUUUCAGAAAUCUGCCCACAAGCCUCCUCAGCAGAAGAACAGCACGCAUGGAGACAGCUCCUGGUACAGUGACUGGACAUGGCAGAAUCCCUUCUCUUCCUCGGUGACUCUAGACGAGGAACGCAUCGUCCUUCCCCCGCUGCGUGCACGGCCUCCCGUGUACACCUACUACGACACAACCAUCAAAAAGGACGAGGAGAUUAAAAAGGUGGACCAAGAGCUACUCUUGACCUGGCGUCGAGCAUGGUGGGCUCACGGCUUUCGACCUGUCGUUCUGACAGAGGCAGAGGCCAUGAGCCAUCCACUGUAUCAGACUGUACAAGCCGAGAAGUUGUCACCAGCAUUGGAACAAGAAUUCCGGCAGUGGCUGGCGUGGGCUCACAUGGGAACGGGGCUUCUGGCCAGCUGGUACUGUCUGCCCAUGGGUGCAUACGACGAUCUUUUGCUCGCACAUCUACGGCGUGGACAAUAUCCACACCUCCUCAGGUUCGAAGGUCUCGGAUCUGGCCUCUACGCUGGUGAACAAGUUCAGAUAAACGACGCCAUAAAAGGAGCUCUUGCAAAUGUCAAACUCAGUGCGUCUACAUCAAUGACAGAGGCCAUAGGCUCUGACUUGUUCAAAGUCGAGCAGCCAACCUCGAUCGCGCAUUACGACUCUCAGACCAUACCUGCUAAGUACCCGGCCUUGGCUGAGCAAAUCCUGCAAGACCCCAAUAAAGGUCGACGGUCACUCAAUCAGCUUAUGAUCGCUCACCUUCAUACCAUCUGGCAGAACAGCUUCAGCAGCGGCAUCGCUGUCUUGCAACCCCUUGCAGCGCACACAUUCUCACUUGUAAAACCAGCUAAGGAUCUGGCGAAACUCCUUGCCGAGUGCCCAAGCUCAAUUCUGCAAUCGUCUUGUCCUCCCAACCGAUCCAAGUGCAGUCCUUGUAUCGGUUCAAAGCUGAGGAUAACCACCGCGCCUUCUUUUCGGAAUACAUCAUCCUUGUUCACAAUUGCCAUUGUGCCCCAUCCGUACACCAUGACAGCCCUUGCCAAUCUAAGCGAUGCGAUAACCGUCGCACACAUCAGGCGACAUACUGACAGGGAUCCGUGGAUCAAUACUGUAACUCGCGACCUUCUUGGGAAUUCUCGGGGUGGUCCGAGCCGAGUUGUGAGUCUCAAGGAUGCGGUUGCUUCUGAAUAUGGUAGCAGUCGUUCCUUGUGGUUUACAACCGAGCACUUCCCUGUGUCCUUUUGGCCACCACCGCCUCCUCCAAGGUCGCCAACCAAUGAUGCUCAUCCAAAAGAGGAAAAGGUCGCCCCAUUUCCACAAGACUGGCUCGAACACCUUGAUUGGCACUUCGGCUUCCCCAUCCCCAGGACGGCAAUCUCUCAUGGUGAGUCUCUUCCUCCAGUUCCUGGACCUGAGCGCUGGGCCAAAUCUCCUGCCGGACUUCCCGCCGAACGUAAGAAAGGCUCAGACCCUAGUCCGCCUACAGAAGAGCAGGCGGCUAUUGAAGUCGAGCUUCUGCGUAAGGCUGCGGAAACCGUCAGCAGUAAGGAUGAAGAGGUGGUCAAGAUCCGGAGAGUGGCGGAAGCUUGGAAUCUGGCAGAUACUGAAGCUUGGAAGUUUGUCAAGAGUUUCAGAGCUCGUCAAGUCGUUGAGAGGCUGCAGUUUGAAGAGGAGGAGUCGGCCUACAACGCUGGUGGUGUGAGAGGGAAAACGCGCUGGUGGGGCUCCUCAUAACUGUUUGCUUGCUUGAUGUGUUUGGGCUGCCCACAUGAGGUUCUCUUAUGGUGUCCAUGCUGGCUCUCGAGGUGCACCGGUGGGGUCUUAACUGGUGGGAUUCUGGUGUGGUAACAACAGCAGUAACACCUCGUUGCACAAAUACCAUGCAUGGCUCAGGCUGAGAUGGUAGCAGACGAAUGCUGUUAUCGUGCAUGUCACAGCUCCGCAAGCCAUCUCUGUGGUACUCGAUAAGAGUGGCAUUUGUGGUGGACUAGCCUCGAUCGACCAACGGCUCCAGAACCACCGUUCCAAUAUUCGGAAACCAGCAUCGAUGAGCCGCCAUACACAAUGUAGUGUACAGCUCAGCUCGAAUCCUCGACGAAAUGUUGGCCAGGAUAGAUCGGGACUCCGUCUUCUGUGCAAAUUCGCACAGAGAAACUCGAAAGUUGGGUCCAGCACAACUAUACAAGAUAUCAUGGCGAUAGUGUUCCGAAGGACGAACCAAGAAGCCUGUAUAUUCGGAAGGAAUCUUGUACUUUGUCUGGAACCGCCCUCUCGGACAGGAAUGGGAGACUCGUCAUCCUGAUGGUUCACUUCUACUGGAACUGCUGGUUCCGGCGGUGUUCUGUUCGCACGUACCGACCUGCGGGACGCAACCGAUCUGCUAGAAGCGCUGGACCUUUGAUUAUACAACUGCAGAAGUCGGUCCUCUUCCGAAGGGUUGGGCGAUGUUGGGUCAUAUAUAAUCUUGGAAGAGCUCAAAGAGCUCCACGAACGUUGACUGGGGUGGUUAGAAUGCUGACGUCGGCCUUGCGUCCCUUGCGACGGUGCUAUAGACGCAGAAGACGAGAAAAGGCGCGAGAAAAAGUUUCGAUUUUCCUUUUCAGACGACAAUGGCUCGCUGCUGAGCGCAGAACUCCCAUCAGAACUUGCGCAAUGCUCCCUUGAACAUGACAAGAGCUCGUCCCAAGUGCCCUGCCAUAACCUUGUGGCCUUGUCUGCAACAUCUUGAUCCCGUCUUGUCCGGAUAUUGGGGCUUCGCAUCACUGACGUUCUCCGGACAGACCUGGCGACCCGGGAGCAACACAUGCCAUGAUCGCAGGGAGCCCAGCCAUCACGUGUUGGCUUGGGGAAAUGGCCACCCGGGCUCAAUUGAGGCUCGAUUAAUUGCCAGCGAUCGUCAAGGAUCGUUUCGACUAUGGCGUGAACGUCUCGCUCGUCCAUCUCCGGCUCUUCAUCCGGGAAGGUAGCAUUUCUAGCGAUGGCUAUGGAGGGAUGGGACAGAGUUGUAGUGCAAUAGUACCACAGUACGAAACGGCCGUCACGAGGUGUCCAUGUAUCGACGGCAAACUGUGCGCUGAUUUUGUCGUGAGAGAGACCGGGCCUAUGCCGCGCACUUGAAUUGCCACCGGAGACCAUCGUUGAGUGAGACUCGAGAUCUAUUCUUGCAAGAAUACUUGCGGAAGCGGAUUGCGGUCAUAAUCAUGAGAAUGAUCAUGGUGUUAUUGUUCUGUGGGCGACUAUCUGAUGCAUUCCACAGCAAGAGGCGUUGGUACAGCAGCGAAGCAUUCCAGGCUUUAUGGUCUAAUGGGAUGAACCAUUGGCACGCGAGCCGUGUCAACUUUGGUGGCAGCCAAAGGCCUGAAAAGAGAAUGCAGUACAUGUUGCAAUCUUCAAGCGGGGAUGGGGCCUACAUCAGAGUAAGGGGCACAAUAUGUCAACAUUGUACCAGACUGUCAUUUCUUGAACUGACCGUCUCUCCUUCUCCCUUGCGUGGCCUCCGAUCCAGCGCAAUCCGGGUAUUGUUCUUGCGUACUACAGCGGGGUGGAUGGUCUCGCACCGAUGUCCGCCAUCAACGCAUUUCAUUUCCUUCACAACGGGACGGCAAGCAACCUGGCGCUGAAAUUUAUCUUGCACCGCCCUGUCUGGACUUGAAAAGCACCACAUGCGGGUGUUGCUCAGUUCCAGUAUUCGCAAAUCUGCUAAACCUUGUGUUCAGGUCUGACAUCUUCGACUUCAGUGACCGCCAAAGUCUGCACCUUCUCCUGGACGACAUCAAGAUCGACGUGAGCCACUUCCGCGUCCUCGCCAUCAAAGAUCUUGGCCACUUCCUCGAGAGUUACACCACGCGUUUCGACAAAAAGGAGUGCGACAAAGAGGAGUUCAAACAUCAGCCAUCCCUGCAGCAAAUGAUCAGUUUCGUCCCAAAAUUCGAGAACGGUGCGAGUACACUUACGCAAUAUAUCGCGUAGAACCUCCAUCGAGGCUGUAAAUGAUCGAGUCCGAUGGGAUUGAUGUAUCUGCCUACAGUCAGGGUUGUCGACAACGGAUACCACAGCCCAACUCACUGAUUGAAUACAAGAGCCGCUUGCACGAAGAAGUUCAUCAACAUCAGGCCUUUGGCACGAAGCUUGUACGGCAUGAUUUCGACAGUGUAUCCGACUAGGAGGCCAGACCAAGCAAUGUUGUAAAAGGCUCCGUGAAGGAAGAUGAAAAAGAUGACCGUCUUUCCUGCUGCGAGGUUGCCGUCGAGGUCAUACAAUGCCGAGCAAGCCGUCCAGAGUACGAAGGAAACAAACAUUCCUGCAAAAUCAUCAGCUUCAUCUACCUUCGGCUUUUGUGUCAACCUACCACAGGUUGCACUGAGGAAUAACGGUCUUCUUCCAACCUUGUCGACGACCGCUGCGGCGAUCAAACCGACCACUAGCUGCAAUAUGUCAGUUGUGGCCCCUUCGCCAGUCAAAACAGCUAGAUCAGUCACUUACCGAGACAAUUGUCUUGCAACCAUUGAUCUCGAAUUGUUCGUUGUUGUUGGUCACUCCGAUACUCUUCAUAACAAGGGAGAAAUAGUAUGAAGUCAAGCCGUUACCACUCCAUUGAGAGAAAAGGCCAAGAGCAACAACCAGCAACAGGCGAUACCGGUUUCCCUUGGUCUUGAGGAAGUCCAGAUAGCUGCUUGACCGCUUCGACUGGAAUUCAAGGUGCAACGUCUCCCUGAUCUCGCGAAACUCGAAUUGCACCGUCAGGUCUGUUUCGUCGCCAUUGGCAUGAUACUUUGCGAGUGUCGCCAAUGCUUCCGAGUGCCUGUCCUUGGAGAUCAACCACCUUGGGCUUUCAGGUAUCGUCCAUAUCGUGCAGAAUAGAAUGAGGGUCGGAAAAGCUUGGAAUAUGGAUGGUAUUCUCCACGACCAAUUGUUCUUGAUUGUGAAAGUCCCGAAGGUUAUCCAAGUUGCAGCAAUGCUACCAAUGUCCCAGAGCUGAUUGUAAACCGUUGUCACCCUUCCUCUGUGCUGAGGAUGGGCCAACUCGGUGAGGAGGAGUGGUGCAGAGUUUGAGCACAUGCUGUUUCCGAAGCCGACAAGAAACCGGCCAGCAAUGAACAUGGAGAAGUUUUGCGACGCACUCUGAAUGGCGACUCCGGCGAAGAGGAACAGGCAUCCUACCAUGAUGGCAAUUCGACGACCAAAGGUAUCUGACAAAUAUGGCCUAUGAGGAAGUCGGCGUCUCUGUCUCUGUCCUUCUGGACGAUUUCUUACGCGAAAGGCAAUCCGGCGAGACUUCCAAUGCUGUAAAUAGAUCCAAAAAGACCCAGGAUGGAUCCUGUGGGAUGAUGGAAGUAAUCCUGCCAGACAUCAAGGAUCUGCAGGCCAUUCAACAUGGAUCUAUUAUGGUUAGUGGUUGGGCCUCUGCGAGCAGAGUCACUCUUCACUCACCCGUCAUAUCCUGUUGUCGCGGAUGCAAAGAACAAGGCGAUUGCCAUGCCAUAGAGCUUCCGAAGCCCUGGAUCUUUAUACCAUAUCACCCUAUGCAAGUCAGGUGCUUCGGCGACUGCGACCUCUCUCUCCACACGAUGCAUUGGCUUCACAACUGAUAUACCGACCAUGUUGGUCUUUCGUUCUGCUAUGAACCACGUCUUUUUCCGGUCGGUCAGGAGUGGCACGACUCAGUCUUUGGUAUCACGGAGGACACUUGACAUAAGUACUACCAUUCUUCGCUUGCCGUUCCAUACGUAUAGCCGAAGCGCCAGUACCCACUGGGGUUGGCUCGAGCAUUGCAUUCCAUUGCAUAGCCGUGUCCUUGAGCAAUAAGUUGAUUUGAACCGCUUGUUGGCGCAGAGCAUUCGUCGAAAAUGGUGUAGUCUCGAGAUCUGCGCAUUCAGCCUCUUCCGGGUAAUAGGAG